AUAGACUGUCAAAUCUACAUAUUCUCUCUUUCUUUCUUUCUUUCACACAAAAUCUCAAACUCAACCCAACCCAACCAGCAUAUUUUCACCUCCUCAAUUCCCCAUUUUUAUUAGGAAAUUAAUUAAUGGAGGCGGAUGGGGUAAAUAAUCAUGUAGAUGGGAAAGUGUUGCAGACAUUUCAAAAGAGUUUUGUUCAUGUUCAAAACAUUUUGGAUCAAAACAGGUUGAUAAUCAAUGAGAUCAAUCAGAAUCAUGAGUCAAACAUUCCUGAUAAUAUCACUAGAAAUGUGAGUUUGAUUAGAGAACUCAACAACAACAUACGAAAAGUGGUUCAUCUUUAUUCCGAUCUGUCAUCGAAUUUCUCUAACUCAAUGGAUGUUGCUAAUAAUUCAUGUGAAGGGGAUUCAAGAUUAGAUGCCAAACCUUUCCUCAAGAGGACUAGGCCUACUGCUUAAUUACUACUUAGCUAGAUGGAAAUUAAUUUAGCGAAUGCAUUUUGCUUCUUUAUUAUUUUUCUUCAUAAAAUUUUAUAUAAAGAUGUUAUCAUGACUUGUAACUCAUGCGUUUUAUUAAAACUAAUGAGCUGUUCUUGCUUGUGCAAA